AAGGAAACCGUUUGAUUUUUCCACGUCUCCACAUCGUUGCUGCUUCGUUUUCAACGACUCUCUUGUAAUAUUCUCUACCCCUAAGAACGUCGCGUGUCUCCCGAUCCCUAUAUGAUCAUAUCUCCCAUCUAGUAAUGUGUUCAUUUCAAAAUCCUUCUUGAUCGUGUAUUUUUGUGCCAAUUCUAGUAUAAGGGUUUCAUGCAACUCUUGCCCGCUGUGCCCAAUUUAUCGAAACCCUAGGCCCAACCUUCAAAUUUCCUUUUUGGUUUUUAAUUCUGGAAUAUGGGUUUUGAGGUUUCAGAUGAACUGCUGGGUGCUUUUGUGCCAAUUUUGGUUUAUUGGGUUUACUCUGGUAUCUAUAUUCCAUUAGGGUCGUUGGAGAAUUACCGAUUGCAUUCAAAGAAAGAAGAGGAGGACAAGAAUUUGGUUUCAAAGGCCACUGUGGUUAAAGGUGUUAUCCUCCAACAGGUCAUUCAGGCUGUGGUUGCGAUUCUAUUGUUCACUGUCACAGGAGAUGAUAGUGGGGCUGCUGCAGGUCCAAAGCCUUCCCUCAUUGUUCUAGCUAGACAGUUCUUCAUUGCAAUGUUUGUUUUGGAUACAUGGCAAUAUUUUAUGCAUAGGUACAUGCACCAUAACAAAUUUUUAUAUCGACAUAUCCAUUCCCAGCAUCAUCGGCUUGUUGUCCCUUAUGCAUUUGGAGCUCUGUACAACCACCCCUUGGAGGGGCUUCUCCUUGACACCAUCGGUGGGGCAUUAUCUUUCCUCCUCUCUGGUAUGUCUCCCCGAGCCUCCAUAUUUUUCUUCUCUUUUGCCACCAUCAAGACUGUAGAUGAUCAUUGUGGACUGUGGCUUCCUGGUAACCUUUUCCAUCUGUUCUUUCGAAACAAUUCUGCUUAUCAUGAUAUCCACCAUCAACUCUAUGGCAGCAAAUACAACUUCUCACAGCCAUUCUUUGUUAUGUGGGAUAAAAUUCUUGGAACUUAUAUGCCUUAUUCACUAGAGAAGAGAGCAGGUGGGGGCCUUGAAGCACGACCUACUAAAGAAUUCAAAGACAACUAAAUACAAUAUGGAUAUCGAUUAUUGGUACAUAAUGAUAUCAGAGUAUCAGAACUCUUCCUCGGUGUGCCACAUACUUAUGUUCUCUGUAUGUAUAUAUGUUGUACUCCUACUUUUUUGUUUUUUACUAUAUGAUUAUUUUUUUUUUGGCUGAAUAAUGGAAUUGAUUAACCAUGUACCAUGAUAACACUAUGUUCCUUUUGGGUGGAUGGAUUUAGGAUUUAUGAGCUUUGCCAGCAAUUUCAGGAUUUACUUUUCUACUGUGUGCUCUGGCCUUCCUGUGAAUCAAAUACUUUGUUGAUUCC